UAAACCACACGCGGCCCACCUUUAAACCUUGCCGGCGCCCCGCGGUAUAUAAACCCGCAACCCCACACCCUUCUUCCCCAUCCACAGCUAGCGCGCCAUUAUUUCUCAGCUACCACCACAGUUUCCAGCAAAGAUACACACCGACAGUCAACAGAGUAGCAGCGCCAUUGAUGGCUUCGAUCGUGCUGCUUCUGUCGGAGCUGCUCGGCGGCGCGGGGAGCACCAGCAUGCUGGCGGCCAACUGCUACGUGGGCGGCCACAGCCUGCGGGAGUUCCGGCCCGCGCCGGUCGCCACGGCAGCCGCCGCCAAGGGCGAACGCACGCCGCCUGCGACGGGAGCGAAGCAGGGGGCCGGCGCCGCGGUGGCCAAGGAGGAGGAAUCUUCGUUCGAGGAUCUCGCUGCCAUUUCCAGGAUCGCGGUGGACGUGAUGUGGCCCUGACCGGACCCGCCAUCCGCAGGCUGGAGAGGUCGAUGGAGAUCGUUUCGAGUCUGUUGCCAAGGUGGGACGGGGAGAGAUUGAUCGAUACGAUUCCUCCCCGUUGCCGCAUGUUCUUUGAACUGAAUUUUCUGAAGAUGUACAUAUUCCAAGUUGCCGGUUGAAUGCUACGUAUUCUUCUGUUCAUUUUUGUACCCCAGUUUGUUUUUCCCCCAAACUGAAUUUUGUCAGGGAUUCAUGCGUCUGAUGGCAAUGUGCCCAUGUCUUAAACA